AUGCCGGUCAUCAACAUGAUAGUCGGCGGACCUGAAGGAGGCGAUUCCGCCAAUACUAGAAAAGCCUGGGCUCGGCAACUGUACGUGGGGACCAUAUACUGGCGUGAAGGCGGCUCGAAGAAAGCGUGCCGAGAACCUAUCGUUUUCACGGAUAAGGAUCUGCCGACUAGCGAGGUGGCACAUCGCGACACCCUAGUCACCGCGGUGGAUGUAGGCGGGGUUGUCGUUCGAUGGAUCCUGGUAGACAAUGGAAGCAGUGUUAAUGUUCUGUAUCUCGAAACCUUCACCAAGAUGGGUUUAGAACAAGAGCAGUUGGCCCCCGUGAAGACACCACUAGCCGGCUUUACAGGGGACUCUGUAGAGGCCGAAGGAUCCAUCACUCUGCCAAUCGAGAUUGGCAGCUACCCUAGCGUGCAAAAGUUGGAUAUGAAAUUUAUUGUGGUCGACUUGGCAUGCUCUCACAACGCAAUCCUCGGCCGACCAGGUCUGGAGGACUUACGGGCGCUGAUCUCCAUCGAGCACCUGUGUAUGAAAUUUCAUACACUGAAUGGGGUGGGCACGGUACGUUGCGAUCGAAGGGUCGCCCGCGACUAUUAUUUACAAGCCUGCCGAGGCAUGGGCAAGCGAGAAAUGCAAGUUCACGAGAUCACUGAACGGCCCCCAAAGAAGGCAAUGCCGCCUCGCCCGAGCCAGCCGUGGAACUAG